CUAGAGGUACCAAUCGCCGCAAGUAUAUCAUCACCAAAUCAUGGCAAUGCUAAUGCAACACCUUCCGCGAGGCACUUGGAUAGUCGUUUUAACACAAUAGUAGUCCAAACUGUGUUGGAGAAGGAUGUCGCUGUUGUGGGAGAGCUCGUUCCAAUGCGAAUCCGUAUGAAGUUGGAGCCAACGCUGAGAGAUGCUAUUCGAGUGCAAGUCGUGAUAGCCCCUCCAGCAGAUUGGGGAGCAUUUCUGAGCGGCUGGUCCGGGUCGAAGUUGGUGACACUUAUCCCUGGUGUUGCGAAGGAGUUGACUGGUCUGGCAGUUAUUGGUAUAAAGGCUGGCCCUGUGCGUAUGCAGCAUUUGGUUCGAGCCUCACUAGUAUCUAGACAAGAUGGCAAGGACCUUCCCGAUGUAGAGGGAGGAGUUACGAUUGAUAAUUUCGAUGCUAUUGAUCUCUUUGUUCUACCUAGCAGGGCUGGUGUGCCGAUUGAACGGGAAACUGUUUAAAACUA